UCCAUAUCUCUCUAGUUUCAGGUUUCUUGAACACGAUGAUCAUGGCCAAAGCUCCCGUCAACGGCAUUCUUCUUCUCAGCUGGCGAUCGUACAGAGCACUAGCGGAGAAGAAUGCAGCGGCAAAGGCGGCGGCGGCGGGCGCGAUCAGGAAGGCGGCAGAUGAGGAGGAGAAGAAGAAGGUGUUUUGGAUGAGAGAUCCCAAGAGCGGGAACUGGAUACCGGAGAGCCACUUCAAUAAGGUUGAUGUUGCAGAGCUGAGAGAGAAGUUUCUAUCCAAGAAGUAGGGCAAGCUUUGAACAAGAUCUUCUGAUACCUGUGGCUUUUUCCUGAUCUAUAAUCCCUUAAAUAUGAUUGAUAUGAUCUGUGCUGCGACCACAUUAAAGUGGGGCGCGAGAGGGCCUUUUCAAUCAAUCGAUAUCUGCAACUUCCAUUA